UUGAGAUAAGAGAAACACAUGCUUUAUUUUUAGCUGCUAAUUUGGCAACAGUCACUUUACGAAAGUUCUGUAAACACGGGUUGUCAGUAAGCAUUCAACUGAAAACAUAUGAAUGAAAGUGACGGAGAUUCAGCCACUGAGUAUACAAAACUAAUGACAUCUUUUGUGAAUAGUCAAUAUUCUAAAACUGAUAGUAGUCUUCAAUCUAUAUUAACUGGUUCAGCAAGAGAUAGAAUGCCGCAGUCUGUUUCUGAUCCUUCAACCGUCGGUCAUAAUGAACUUUAUUCUCCAUCAAGGAAUCAUCAGCCAAAUGGACCAGCCAGUGUUGACGUGGCUUUUCGAGAUGGAGAAUCUAGUCACACUCAUUCAGAAGAUUCUGUAGUCAGCACUCAGCUGGUGAAUCGGUCACCAAGGGUCCAUAGUAGGCCUAAUCUUCAAUCUUGGGAUGAAGAUGAAGAGGAGGAAUUGAAAUAUGGUGCAAAGCAUGUAAUAAAGCUCUUCAUUCCUGUUUCUCUGUGCAUGUUGGUAGUGGUUGCUACUACAAGUUCUAUAACAUUUUACACACAAACUAAUACAUAUCUAGUAUAUACACCAUUUACUGACCAAACUGUCGACACACCAACAAAAGUAUGGCAGUCCUUUGCUAAUGCUUUUAUCCUAAUGGGUGUCAUUGUUUGCAUGACCAUACUUCUAAUAUUACUGUAUAAAUUCCGUUGGUAUAAGGUUAUUCACGGAUGGCUUAUUGUUUCUUCUUUAAUGUUGUUGUUUCUUUUUGCAUACAUUUAUUUGGGUGAGGUACUCAGAGCUUAUAAUAUUCCUAUGGAUUAUAUUACUGUAUCAAUCAUCAUGUGGAAUUUCGGAGUAGUUGGAAUGAUAUGUAUUCAUUGGAGAGGACCUCUGCUUUUGCAACAAGCCUAUCUCAUUCUAGUUUCUGCUCUAAUGGCUCUGGUGUUCAUCAAAUAUUUGCCCAACUGGACAGCAUGGGUUGUUUUAGGAGUCAUUUCAGUAUGGGAUUUAAUUGCUGUGCUAUGCCCUAAAGGACCUUUAAGAAUUUUAGUUGAAACUGCUCAAGAACGAAAUGAACCAAUUUUCCCUGCAUUGAUAUACUCUUCUGCUAUGGCUUGGUAUGUAACAAUGAGUGAUAGUGAUCAUACUGUUAGAAACAGAAGACAUUCUGAUGGAGACGGAAAUCCUAAUGAGCCAGAAAAUGCCGCUGCUUCAAAUGAAGUUGACAUUCCUAACGAGACUGGACCUCAUAAUCUUGAAGGCAGCAAUCGCUCCUCUGAAAGAAGUCGCCGUGCCACAGGUUGGCCGUCAGGUAGUGGGAGCCACCCUUUGCCUUCUCAGACAGAAGUGCAUACAGAAGAAGAUGAAAGAGGUGUGAAACUUGGUCUUGGUGAUUUCAUAUUUUAUAGUGUUCUAGUUGGGAAAGCAUCAUCAUAUGGGGACUGGAAUACAACUCUGGCAUGCUUUGUUGCAAUAUUAAUAGGUCUAUGUUUGACAUUGUUGCUACUGGCAAUUUUUAAGAAGGCAUUACCAGCUCUUCCAAUUUCCAUUACAUUUGGUUUAAUAUUUUACUUUACCACUAGUUCCUUGGUGCAGCCCUUUGCAGACAGUCUAGCUAGUGAACAAGUAUACAUCUAAAAUGAACUCUGAAACUGGACUUUGUUUUUUAUUUCUGUAAAUGUCAAUAUGUUGUAACAUAUUUAUUUCUGUAUUUUAUUUUCUUACUUCCUAGGUCAUUUAAAUGGUAAAAGCAUGAUGUAAGAUAAUUGAAGUUUUUAUAAAUUAAUUAAGGGACUCGGUUUUAUUUUAAAAAUGACCUGCAUUAAAUGUUCGUUGUGAAAAUAAUUGCCUGAUUAUCUUAAUUUUUGGGGCAAGCUUUAUAAAUCUAUUAAUAUGGUUUAAAAGGAAUGCUGUUUUUUUUAACUUAACUAACACCGUCAAAGCAUUUUAUUUUAUAUAUAAAACUAUCGAAUUUUAAAAUUGCUUUUCAUUUUCGUACUUAUUAAUUUUCAAGUUUUUAAUUAGGUCAUUUGAAGUCAGUAUUCUUCUAUUUCUGUAUUGUUUUCAUUCAUGUUGUUGAUAUUUAAAGAUAUCAUAUUUGUGCAAAUGUUCAUUUAAUUCACAUGUAACAUAAUUUAUUAUGCAGAUUGUAAUAACAUUGGAUUUCAUAAAAUAUUUGUCAAUCUUUCA